AUGGAUAGGGCUCUGAGGGGACGUACUCCCUCGGUGGACGAGCCGAGUGCUGCCACCAAAGGAAAAUCAGGAGUGAGCUCGAGCAAGAGGCUCACUGUCCCGUUGACGCCUGUGAUGGAGGGAGUUGCUGUGAGUGGGGCCACUAGCUCCAGCAAAUACGCGGCCAAGUUGGUGACUGGCUGUGGAGGUUCCCCGUCGAGCGAGGUGCGACGCAUGAUAAGUGAGGCGAAACUGGACAACGAGACGCUCCUGACGGUUGUCAAAAAGCUGGAGGAGCAGGUGUCACUCCUGCGUGUACAGCUGGAAACGGCGGCCGAGCAGGCUCGUCAGGACCUGCGUGAGGCGCGUCUUGAGGCGCGACAACGGGAGGAGCGGCUGAUCGCCGAUAACCUGCAGCUGCGGGAAGAGCUGCGAAAGGAGCGGGAACUGCUCACGACGCUGGUGGCGCAGUCCAUCGGCCAUAACCAGCCUUUUGUGCUCCAAAUCAACAUCGGCAAGAGCAGGAGCGCCCAAGAUCUUGCGCUCCAGCGUAUGAGGGAGGAAGGAGCAGACGUUAUGCUCGUGACGGAGCUAUACGCAGUGCCGGCCAACAACGGCAAUUGGGCGUCUGAUGAGCAACUCAAGGCCGCGAUUGUCACCAGCGGCCAACGGUUCCCCAUCCAGCGGGUGAGGAGUGUACAGCAUCCAGGCAUAGUGGCAGCAGAUGUAGCAGGUAUAGUCUUUAUCUGCUGCUACAUUCCGCCAUCUGUCGGGCUCCCGGACUUCGAGCGGCAGAUGGACCGGCUGGAGGUUCUGGCGAGAGGUCACCCCCACGUCGUCCUGGCCGGUGACUUCAACGCGUGGCACGGGGCCUGGGGGAGCGAGCGUGCCAACCUUAAGGGUGAGGCGCUCCUCCAGACGGCAACGAGCAUCGGGUUGGAGGUGCUCAACCGCGGAACGGAGCCGACUUUCCUGGGAAACGGUGUGGCCCGGCCCAGCAGGGUGGACGUCGCCUUCGCGAGUCCAUCGCUCUGCCGAUCGGAUGGAGUAGCGGAGGUCAUCAGCUCCUGGAGGACGCUAGACCGCUACUCUUAUAGCGACCACCGCUAUAUCCGGUUUGCGGUCGGGCAACAGCCUCGUGCUGGCCAGCGGCCCGGACGGGGCAUCCAGCGGCUGGAAGGCGUCGGAGUACGGGAGGCGGGUGUUCGCUGGCGAACUCGCCAGUUUUGCCCCCGUACUUUCGAAAUGGCACUCGAGGCGACCCGUUUUGCCGAUCGGGUGACCGAUGCGGCAAGCCUGGGGAUGGUGCUCGCAGAGGCCUGCGAUGCCACCAUGGCAAGGAUCGGCCACUCUCAGCAGAGAAAGAGCGCGAAUGUGUACUGGUGGACUCCGGCCAUUGAGGAGCUGACCGAGCGCUGCCGGUUGGCCCGGGAAAGGCAGAGCACGGCCUUGGACGAGACAUCUGUCGAGUUGGCAUCGCAGGAGCACCAGGAGGCGCGUGCUGCCUUAAGGACGGCAAUUAAGGCCAGCAAAGCGCAGCAGUUCGACGAGUGGCUGCAGGCCCUAGCCGCGGACGAGACGGGACAGUGGUUCCGGCAGGUCCUUCUGCGGUUUCGGGGCAGCUGGACGGCGCGUGAACGUGACCCAGCGGUGCUGCAGCGGAUCGUCGAGGAGCUGUUUCCGGAGCAUCCCCCGGUCGAGUGGCCGGACGUCGCGCCUUCGGAAGGGGACACUCCGGUCCGUCCGAUCAGCUGCGCGGAGCUCCAGGCGAUAGCGAGCGAGCUGCAUCCGCGGAAAGCGCCUGGCCUGGAUGGAGUGCCAAAUGCUGCGGUGACGGUUGCCAUCCGCAAGCAUCCAGAGUCCUUCGUCGGGGUCUUCCAGAGCUGCCUGGACACGGGCGUCAUUCCACGCGAGUGGAAGAGGCAAAAGCUGGUGCUGUUGCCUAAACCAGGUAAGCCACCGGGCGAAGCGUCGUCCUGUCGCCCGAUCUGCCUGAUCGACAACCCAGCGAAGGUGUUCGAGCGGACGGCACUCGACAGGCUUAAUGAGCACCUCGAGGAUCCGGAGUCGCCUCAGCUAGCGGAGAACCAGUUCGGAUUCCGGAGACAGCGAAGCACCCUGCAGGCGAUCCAGCUGGUGGUGGAGGCAGGCGAGCGCGCGAUGUCCUUCGGCAGGACGAACCAGCGGGACAGGCGCUGCCUGCUGGUCGUGGCGUUGGAUGUUAAGAACGCCUUCAACACUGCCAGCUGGCAGGCGAUAGCGAUGGCCCUGCGCGAGAAAGGGGUCCCAGCGCAGCUGCAACUCCUUCUCCGCGACUACUUUACCGACAGGGAGCUGGUGUACGACACCCAUGACGGCCCGGUGUCACGUCGGGUAACGGCAGGCGUUCCACAGGGGUCAAUCCUUGGCCCGACUCUGUGGAACGUCAUGUACGACGGCGUUCUGCGAAUCCAGCUCCCUGAAGGGGCCACCAUCGUCGGUUUUGCUGACGACAUCGCCAUCCUGGCCGAGGGCCGCACACCGGAGGAGUCGGCGACGGUUGCCGAGACAGCGAUUGAGGCGGUGAUGGGGUGGCUUGAGGCACGUCAUCUCAGUCUCGCCCCCCACAAGACCGAGGCGGUGCUCAUUUCGAGUCUGAGACGAGGACGACUGGAGGUUCCGGUACGCGUCGGUGAAGUGACCUGCACCACUGGGAGAUCGAUGCGCUAUCUGGGGGUCCAGCUUCAUGAGAAGCUAUCGUGGAAACCGCACGUGGAAGCGGCCGCGGACAAGGCCCUCCGUGCGGUGGCGGUCGUCACCUCGGUGAUGCGAAACCACAGCGGCCCGCAGGUGGCCAAGCGGCGAUUGCUGGCAGGAGUUGCGGAGUCUGUCAUUCGGUACGCCUCGCCCAUCUGGGCUAAGGCGACCGAUAUGCAGUGGUGCCGCAGACGACUGGCCCAGGUGCAGAAGCCGCUGGCACGCGGGGUGUCGAGCUCGUUUCGCUCGGUGUCCUAUGAGGUGUCGGUGGUGAUGGCCGGUCUUGUACCCUACCGUCUAAUUAUCCAAGAGGACGCAAGGUGCCACAGCAGGCUGUCGGCUGAACCUGGCAUCAGCAGGAAGGAGGCUCGAGCAAUGGAGCGAGCGGCCACGAUGAUAGAGUGGCAGAACGCGUGGGACCGUGCGGCGGCAACACCAUCGGCCAGCCGCUAUCAGACGUGGGCACACAGCCUGAUUCCCGACCUGCACCGGUGGACGGGACGUAAGCACGGGAAGGUGGACUUCCACCUUUCGCAGGUGCUCUCCGGACAUGGAUUUUUCCGAGAGUACCGAGAGAGCACGGAUAGAGAAACAGAACGACACAGUACUAUCCGCCUACUACUAGAGCAACUAUCCGCCGAGUGCCAGCGCAUUACAAGUGUAAAAGGAGACAGUGCAAUGAUAGCCGGAGAGAUGAGUGAGCGUGUCCUCGCAGUGUACAACGGAGAGAAGAGAAAGCAGGAUAAAACAGCCCAGCAAACACACAACAAGCGGUUCACGCAUAGUAAUCGUCCGUAUCGCCCAAAGGCGGCUGAAAGUCCGUCAACGAGCAAGCCAUCGAAAUCCUGUUGGUUGUGUGGCGAUAUGCAUUGGGUGCGUGAGUGCACCUAUAGUUCGCACAAAUGUCUCGAUUGUGGGAAAUAUGAUCAUAGAGAGGGAUAUUGCAACGCAGCGAACAGGAAGAAGCGGUCUAAUUUUCGACGACGAAACUGCAACACACGUGUGGUAACGGCCAACGUACGGAGCAUAAGGGAGCGUCGCAGAUUCGUGGCCAUCACUCUCAAUGGAACAGCUGUACGCUUGCAGCUAGACACCGCUUCGGACAUCAGUGUAAUUGACCGCCGCACUUGGAGGAAAAUAGGCAGCCCGCCGUUAGCACCGUCAUCAGUCACAGCUAAAACCGCAUCGGGAGCCAAACUAGUGUUGGAAGGUGAAUUUAGCUGUGCUGUUAGUGUUGGUAACCUGACGAAGGAGGCAACACUAAGCGUUUGCGGAGCAGCAAAUCUACUACUACUAGGUGCCGAUUUACUGGAUAUUUUCUCGCUCUGGUCGAAACCGAUGGAUGCUUUCUGCAACCACGUAGAAGCAGCAGGACAGCAAUCGUUCCAGCGGAUAUUUCCGAAAGUGUUCUCGGGAACAGGACUCUGCACAAAGGCGAGUAUAACAUUUUCGUUACAUCAUAAUGUUCGUCCUGUUUUUAGACCCAGCCGUCCAGUAGCCUACGCGAUGGAGGAAAUUGUAAGUCGCGAGCUCGACCGUCUUGAGGAGUUGAACGUCAUUACUCCAGUCACUACCGCGGAAUGGGCUGCUCCUGUAGUCGUCGUGCGCAAAGCCAACGGUAUGGUCCGUAUUUGCGGUGACUAUUCAACGGGAUUAAACGCCCCACUACAUCCCCACGAGUACCCGUUACCCGUACCUGAAGACAUAUUUGCUCGGCUAGCAAAUUGCAAGGUCUUUAGCAAGAUAGGCCUUUCUGAUGCAUUCCUGCAAGUGGAGAUUGAUUCGAAUUACCGCCAGUUCCUUACAAUUAAUACGCAUCGUGGCCUCUAUACGUACAACCGGCUUCCACCCGGCAUCAAAAUUGCACCGACAGCUUUUCAGCAAUUGAUGGACGGGAUGCUAUCCGGCAUCCGGGGAGUUUCGGUCUACCUGGAUGACAUCAUCAUCGGAGGUCCUUCCGAGUCUGAGCACGAUGCAGCCGUUAUUGAAGUUUUAACCCGGAUCCAGAACUAUGGCUUCACAUUGCGAGCGGAAAAAUGUUCCUUCAGGGUGAAUCAAAUUAAAUAUUUGGGCCUUAUCGUUGACAGCCGUGGAAUACGCCCUGACCCGAAAAAGGUUGAAGCUAUACGCAAGCUUCCCGAGCCGACCAACAUCACAGAGCGACGAAGGAUGAAUACCGAGGAGACGGAUUCAAAGCAAAGACGGUUAUCGUUGGGCCGUUCUAACACCGGCGGAGUGAUAAACUCGCAGAAUGGAGGAAUAAUUCAUUCGCAAGCGCGUACGUUAGCCGAUCAGCGCGUUCUUGGGAGUAUGCACCGAAGCGACGCUGCUACACCGUUGCAGACGGGUGUUCAGCCGCCAUCGCACUUGGGCUCAACGCCGCUGUUUCAUCCUGAUAGCGCCAUGCUGCAAACGCUACAGAUUCUACAGCAGCAGAUAGCCCAGCAACAGCAGCAGAUGGCUCAACAGCAGCAAAGUAUCAACCAGAUACUGUGCCGGGGUGUGACAAAUCAAAGUGCGGUUGCGUUUCUGCCGGAACAGUUAAUUGACUCACUAGCUAGAAGCAUCACUGACUUCCGUUAUGAUGAAGAAUGUGGUGUUACGUUCCGUGCGUGGUAUACGAGAUACGAGGAGUUAUUUAUAAAGGAGCGUUUAGAUGAUGCGGCUAGAGUUAAGUUGUUACUGCGGAAGCUCGGUCCGAUCGAGCUCGAAAGAUAUUCCUCGUUUUUAUUACCGCAGCGUGCGGGAAAUUUUACUUUUUCGGAUACCGUUCGAAAACUAACCAGUCUGUUGGAUAUACGAGAGUCUUUGCUUAGCAUACGUUUUAAGUGUUUGCAAAUCUCUAAACAGCAUAGCGAAGAUCACUUAAACUAUGCCUGUCGAUUGAACAAAGCUUGCGUGGAUUUUGAGCUGAGCAAGCUUACGGAAGAGGAAUUUAAGUGUCUAUUGUUUGUCUGUGGUUUUAAGUCGGAGUAUGAUGUUGAAUUCCGUACAAGGCUUUUGGCGCGUAUUGAGGAUAAGGCUUUAAGCACGCUUUAG